AUGUGUACUGCUCAUAGGGUUUCAAACGAGCUUGGAGCAGGGAAUGGGAAAGCUGCAAAAUUUGCUUCCAAAGUUUCAGCAAUAACAUCUUUGAUAAUAGGGAUUUUUUUUUCCACCAUGAUACUGAUUUUUCAUGAGAAGUUAGCAAUCAUUUUCACCUCGAGUGACAUCGUUCUCCAAGCAGUUGAUAACCUUGCACUCCUCCUAUCCUUUACCAUUCUCCUCAAUAGCAUUCAACCUGUUCUCUCAGGGGUAGCAGUUGGCUCAGGAUGGCAAGCCUCGGUAGCUUACAUUAACAUCAGCUGUUAUUAUAUCAUCUGUCUUCCACUUGGAGCUGCUCUUGGAUGGGGUUUCCAUCUUGGUGUUCGGGGCAUCUGGAGUGGGAUGAUAGGUGGUACCGCUAUUCAAACGUUGAUAUUGAUCUUAAUUACCAUUAGAUGUGAUUGGGACAUGCAGGCUCAAAAGGCAAGUUUGCGGAUGAAUAUAUUGUCAAAUCCGUCGGGAAAACCAUAA